AUGUGGCUGGCAGGGUUCAUGAACCACCGGGUCCCCGCCCACAAGAGGUACCAGCCUACGGAGUAUGAACAUGCUGCCAACUGUGCCACCCACGCUUUCUGGAUCAUCCCCAGCAUCCUUGGCAGCUCCAACCUCUACUUCCUGUCGGACGAUGACUGGGAAGCCAUUUCCGCGUGGAUCUACGGCCUCGGCCUGUGCGGGCUUUUUGUGGUGUCCACUGUGUUCCACACGGUCUCCUGGAAGAAGAGCCACCUCAGGAUGGUGGAGCACUGUCUGCACAUGUGCGACCGCAUGGUCAUCUACUUCUUCAUCGCGGCCUCCUAUGCGCCCUGGCUGAACCUCCGGGAGCUGGGCCCCUGGGCCUCUCACAUGCGCUGGCUGGUCUGGAUCAUGGCCUCUGUGGGCACGGUCUAUGUCUUCUUCUUCCACGAGCGGUACAAGCUUUUGGAGCUGCUGUGCUACAUGGUCAUGGGCUUUUUCCCUGCCCUGGUCAUUUUUUCAAUGCCCAACACCGAGGGCCUGUGGGAGCUGGUGACUGGAGGGGCUUUCUACUGCCUGGGCACGGUGUUCUUCAAGAGCGACGGCAGGAUCCCCUUUGCCCAUGCCAUCUGGCAUCUCUUUGUGGCAUUUGGUGCUGGCACUCACUACUACGCCAUCUGGAGGUACCUCUACCUGCCCAGCGCCCUGCAGGCCAAGGUGUCCAAGUGA